AUGUCUUCGGAACAGGCGGAGCCCCCGGAGGAGGUCGAGGUGGCCAUUGAACAGGAGACCCCGAGCUAUGUACAGUCCGGGCGUAGGUUUCGCUGCCUGAGCUGUCGCAAAACUUUCCCCAAUGAGCCACGGGCCAAGCGGCACUGCGAGGCCCACCAGUCCACGGAGGCCUCUGGCUCUCCGAAGCCCAAGAAGCAAGAGGCGAAGGGGGAGCAGCGCCAUCAGUGCGCGCACUGCGAUAAGUCCUACAAGAGCGCGUCUCUGUUGAGGAGCCAUGUGCGCAGCCACACGGGGGAAAAGCCCUUCGUGUGUAAAGAGUGCGGGCGAUCCUUCAUGCAGCCAAUCUGCCUGCGGGUUCACAUGGCCACCCACAGCGGGCAACUACCCUUCCCUUGCAAACAGUGCGGUAAAGCCUACGCCACGCCCUCCAAACUCCGGAUCCACGAACGUCUUCACACUGGCGAGCGCCCAUUCUCCUGCCCCGAAUGCGGCAAAGGAUUCGCUGACCCUUCUGUUUUCCGUAAGCACAGGAGGAGUCACGCUGGGCUCCGGCCUUACCAGUGCCAGCUGUGCCAGAAGUCCUACAGCGAACUGAAAGACCUCAAGAACCACGAACGCAGCCACACGGGAGAAAAGCCCUUCUUGUGUUCGGACUGCGGGAAAGCGUUCUCGCGCGCCUCCUCCCUCACGUGCCACCAGCGGAUUCACGCUGCCGAGAAACCGUACAAAUGCCCCAUCUGCAACAAAGACUUCACCCAGCUGUCGUCCUACCAGAGCCACCAACGCACCCAUUCUGGUGAGAAGCCCUACCUGUGCCCACAGUGCGGCCGCAUGUUUUCAGACCCGUCCAGUUUCCGACGGCACCAGCGGGCGCACCAAGGCGUCAAGCCGUACCGAUGCGACAAGUGCGGCAAGCCCUUCCGGCAGCCGGCCGACUUGGCCAUGCACCAGCGGAUCCAUACGGGCGAGCGUCCCUUCCGCUGCCCGGACUGCGAUAAGACGUUUGUGGCGUCUUGGGAUUUGAAGCGCCACCGGUUGUCCCACAGCGCCGAGCGCCCUUUCCAGUGCCCGGAGUGUGGGAAGGGGUUCGCGGAGCGUUCUGGGCUAAGCAAGCACCAGCGUUCCCACAGCGGGGAACGGCCUUACAAGUGCGAGGAGUGCGGCAAGACCUUCAUCGUGUCUUCCAGUUUGAGGAAGCAUGAGCGCACCCACAUGAAGCCAGAUGGAGGGGAGCCUAAUAAGAAGAAGGAGGAGUCCACCACCUGCGAGAAGUGUGCCAUUACCUUCCAAAGCGUGAUGGACCUGAAGAACCACCAGAAGAGCCACCCAGAACUGAGGCCCUUCCGUUGCGAGCACUGCGAGAAGGGCUUCCUGGACAAGGCUGGGCUAAAGAAGCAUCAGCGGAUACAUAGCGACGUACGCCCCCACGUGUGCCAGCAGUGCGGCAAAGGCUUCCUAGUACCUUCCGACUUGCGCAAGCAUCAAAGAACACACGCCAAGGAGGUUAAGGGGAAGGUGGAGGAGGAAGAAGAGGAGGUUACAACGUUGACGCUCCAUCCAGCUUCUGUGGAAUCGCAACCCUUGUUUGAUCCUCUGGUCUCUUUUCUGGAGAAGGUUGCCGAGGGAGACAUGGAGGUCAUUGAGUCUUCACCGUCAUCAAGCUGACUGAGGCCCGCCCACCCAAUGUGAUCAAUCUACAGCAGUCUUGAAUGGGUUUGGCAUGACCUGAUCAUUACCCAACCACCAGUCCUGUUUUGGCCAUUCCACUGGAGUUUUUAAUCGGCUUUGUCUUUUAUCAUGAUGAAGCUACAGCAGGAUCCAACCCCAA